CGGGUGCCUACCACUAGUAGCAGAGACCCUCUCGGUUUCCUACUACUAAGCCACCUUUUCAGCCCCCUACAAUCGGCGCGUCGGCCGCAUGACGCAGUCUGUGAGUUUGCCCGCUGAUCAUUUUUUCGCGGCGCAAUAUUAUUUUGCAGAAACCUGACCGUCUUUUCCCGCGACUCUUAAAGGCAUAUCAUAUUUGUCACUAUUCAGCAUGUCGAAGAAAAGGAAGCGCGAUCAAGACGAGCCCCGGGAUCUUCCCGAGCCGUUUGAGACGGACGCUCCGACGCAGGCGGGUGCUGCAGGUCAAGAUUCACAAACCAAGAAGGAAGAGCGGAAAGGCGCAGCGCGGCAGGCAAGAUCUGAACGUAGAUCCAAGAAAGUCAAGAAGUCAAAAGAACAGAGUUCUCAACCAACCUCUGGGACGACUGCUUUGUCCACAGACGAAAAACCGAGCGCUCCCUCAGACAAGGAAGUGCAGCCUACAGACCAGGACCAAGCCGUGGUUGACGAGAAUUCGAGCGACAAGAUACACAAAAAAGCGAAAAAAUUGAAGAAGGUGGACGGAGAUCAUAAGGAAGCAUCCGAGUCAGCUGCAAGGUUCAUCGUCUUCGUCGGCAACCUUCCCUUCAGCGCCACGGCAGCCCAAGUUAAAGAUCACUUUUCUAAGCUCGCCCCAAGCAGCGUCCGCCUCUCCACAGACAAGGCGACUGGGAAAGGAAAAGGCUUUGCAUUCGUCGAGUUUGACAGCUAUGAUAAAAUGAAGACUUGUUUGAAGCUCUACCAUCAUUCGAUAUUCGACCCCAACUCCAAGGCAGAGGAUGGCGAACCCAGGAGGGAAGCCUCGAGCGGCAAGAAGAAGGGUCGAAGAAUCAACGUCGAAUUGACCGCCGGCGGCGGCGGAGCGAAGAGUCAGGAUCGCUUGAUGAAGAUCAAAACGAAAAACGAAAAACUCAAUGAAGAGCGCAAACGGCAGCUCAUCAAGGACAAGUCUGAGCAGAAGAAGGCCGCGGCCAAGGCAAAGGCUGCUCCCGGGACUGGCGCGAACGCCACCGAGGCCAGCGGUGCUGCGCAGGAUGAUCGCGGUGCCAUACAUCCUAGUCGUUUGGCUCGUGUACAGCAUUGAAUGUGCCAAUGUUUGCCAGGGAGACGUAAUGCCCGCUCUGUUUUGCGGCCGGGGAACACGUUGAAGAUUCAACGCCUCCGGUCAAUGUGCGUUCUUCCAAUUAGAUUGCUCAUUUAUUAUUCGUAUGAUGGAGAGAUUCUCUUCUACAAUCUCAACCACACCUAUGUCGGAGUUGAAGUUGAGCGAACGAUGGAGGACGAAGCAGCGAAGCUGUGAAAGUGUCUAUGUCCACCUUUUUGCAAUGCGUCCCUGAAACCCCUUGCCAUCCCAAAAGAACACCCAAAAUGUCGCCUCCCAAAAAACACUGCUAAAGAAUGCUGCACCUCGAUUUCUUCUUCGUAGUGGUUGGUCGAGGGUUAAGUACGGCUCUAGAAUGCAGGUCAGCACCGUGGUGAAAUUUGCUAUAAAUGUUGGUUUAUUACCUGAUCGCUUCGUCAAACACGCUUUUGAGAUUUCGUUGUGUCAAUGCGGAGCACUCCAGAUAUUUGACCGCUUUAAUUUCUUUGGCCACAGCAAGUGCCUGCUCGUAUGAUACAGGUUCCAUUUUUUUCGCCCUCAGACUAUCGGCCGUGGCUUUAUC